AUUAAAAUUGAGAUAAUAUCAUUGAUAAAGCGUUUUAAUAUAAUUCAAUGGGAAAUGAAUGAUUUUGUACACAAAUUUUUGGAUUACACAAUUGGAAAUAUUUUUGGAAAAGAUAUAACGUGUCGGGAACCGGUUCAUCGUUGCGAUAAUUAUCAACCCGGUAUUCUAACGGAAUUUGGAAGAGUCGGUAUAAAAUUUUUGAAAAAGUUCUUAAUGCCAUGUGGACUUUGCGCAGCAGUGCCAGUACUUCGAUCUCAAUCUCCUCAAGAUCCACCUGAUCCUUGCAACAAUAAGAAAGAAAGCAAGAUGAUUCGUCCUUCAGAACUUCCUAUUUAUCCGUUAGAAGAUGUUUACUCUAAAGAUAUUCCAUGUUCAAACGUUUAUCCAUCUUCUGCUUUGGAGCAACAAUUUGGGACGAUUAGAAGAUCUCUGCAAGGUGUCAUGUUACAAUGGCAAAUCAUAUCAGAUACUGUUACGUCGAAGAUAAAUACUGGAUUGGAUCAUAGUCAAUAUUUAGUGGAGUAUCUACAAGAAGAAGAUAAUAUUAUGCCACGAUUUGGUGCUAUUGGAAUUGGUGGACUGACAGGUAUAAUAUUUGGACUUCGAGGAGGCUUCUUAAAAAAAUUGAUGUACACCAGUACAGGUGCUCUUACCAUUGGAGCCAUUUGUUAUCCCAAGAAAGCUCAGGAAAGUUUAGAAUAUGCUAAACAUUAUGCUAAUGUUAGUUAUAACUUUAUUUAUGGCGUGAAACCAGGAGAUGAUGAGCGAGUAUUACCAGAUAUUAAAUUGGCAGAUUUAUCGACAUUUAAAAUGCCUAGUACUUUUUCGGAAUUCGUAGAAUUGAGCACUGAUACGGGGCGGGCUAUUGUUAGUUUAGUUGGUUCUUUAAGCGAGAAGACAUGGGAAUUUGUAACUGAUAAGAAAGAGGUGACGAAAUCUGCGCUUAAGGCAGACUCUGAAAAUAAUGAAAAAAUUGAUUGAAGAGACAACUACGUCGGAUUUUCUAAAUCGUAAUUGUUUGUAAAAAUAUAUGGUAACAAAUAUUAGAAAAAUA